AUGUCUCUUUCCAACAAACUCACUAUCAAGGACCUCGACCUCAAGGGCAAGCGGGUGUUCAUCCGUGUUGACGUAGAUUUCAAUGUCCCUUUGGAUGGUAAGACUAUUACCAAUAACCAGAGAAUCGUUGCUGCUCUUCCUUCGAUCAAGUAUGCUAAGGAACAGGGUGCUAAGGCGAUUAUUUUGGCUUCGCACUUGGGCAGACCUAAUGGUGAGGUCAAUGAGAAGUACUCGUUGAAGCCUGUUGCUGAUGAGCUUUCGAAGCUUUUGGAUACUAAGGUAGCCUUUUUGCAUGACAGUGUUGGACCUGAGGUCGAGGCUUACGUUAAUAAGGCCGACAAUGGCGAGAUCAUUCUUUUGGAGAAUGUCCGUUUCCACAUCGAGGAAGAGGGUUCUGCUAAGAAGGACGGCCAGAAGAUCAAGGCUGAUCCUGCUAAGGUUAAGGAGUUCCGUGAACAAUUGACUAAACUUGCUGAUGUUUAUGUCAAUGAUGCUUUUGGUACUUCACACCGUGCUCAUUCUUCGGUUGUUGGUCUGGAAGUUCCUCAAAGAGCCGCUGGUUUCCUUGUUUCUAAGGAACUCAGUUUCUUUGCCAAGGCUCUUGAGAACCCCGAACGUCCUUUCUUGGCUAUUUUGGGAGGUGCUAAGAUUUCCGACAAGAUCCAAUUGAUUGAUAACCUGAUCACCAAGGUCAAUAGUUUGAUCAUUGGUGGUGGUAUGGCUUUCACUUUCAAGAAGACUCUUGAUAAUGUCGAGAUUGGCGAGUCGUUGUUCGACGAGGCCGGUUCCAAGGUUGUUGCCAGUUUGGUCGAGAAGGCCAAGGCUAAUAAUGUCGAGCUUGUUUUCCCUGUUGACUAUGUCACUGCUGAUAAGUUUGAUAAGGACGCUAAUGUCGGUUCUGCUACUGACAAGUCCGGUAUCCCCAGCGGAUGGCAAGGUUUGGACUGUGGUCCCGAGAGUAUCAAGCUUUACGAGGCUGCUAUUUCCAAGGCCAAGACCAUUCUCUGGAACGGUCCUCCUGGUGUUUUCGAAUUCGAGAAGUUCGCCAACGGAAGCAAGCAAACUCUUAACGCUGUUGUCAAGGCCGCUCAAAACGGUUCUACCGUCAUCAUUGGCGGUGGUGACACUGCUACUGUCGCCAAGAAGUUCGGUGCCGAGGACAAGGUCUCGCACGUGUCCACCGGUGGUGGUGCUUCCUUGGAGCUCCUCGAGGGCAAGGUCCUUCCUGGUGUCGCUGCUCUCUCCGACAAGGAAUAA